AUGGCCGCGAAUUUGACUUACCCAGGAAAGAAAUAUGUAGUUGACGAAUCCUUCGACCUCGGGGACGAAAUGCAGCUGCUGGAUGGAUGCCCGAAGUCCAUGCCGAGCAGUGAAAGUCACGACAUGAACACAGCACCACUCAUGAUGAGAGACGCGUACAUGCUUGGCGUUGGUAACAAUAAUACCACGCAAUACGGCGUCCUGGGCAAAACGCUCACUGUUGGUAGUCCGAAUGGCUACGAAUCGUUCCAAGACAGCCGGCUAUACGUCAACACUAAUGCUCCCUUCUCCGCUGUCGUGUGCGGUGUCCAGGGCUCCGGAAAGUCGCAUACCGUGUCAGUCAUGCUAGAGAAUAUGUUCAUUUCGGGCGUCGGUGUCAUUGGAAAACUACAUAAACCUCUGUCUGGCCUGGUCCUUCAUUACGGAGAAGGCGGCACCGGCGGGCGACCGUGCGAGGUGGCCUGGCUUGGGGUGACGAAGUUCAGGACCGUCAAGCCGCCGCCAGUCAAGGUAUACGUAUCCCCAUCAUCUCUCAACACUAUGCGCAAAGUAUACGCACCAUUCGGCGGUCAAGUGCAAGUAGUGCCUUUAUGUUUCACGGAAGCGGAGCUCGAUGCAGACGCUUUCCUGUCAAUGAUGGCGGUGGGCAGUUCGGGCGGGGCCCCGCUUUACAUUCAAAUCAUACUUUCCAUCCUUCGCGAUUUAGGAGAGAAGUUCACGUAUUCCGCCUUCCAAACCGAGCUCAACACUCGCAAGCGCACUUUCAAUCCGGCGCAGGUAGCCGGGGUGGAACAACGGAUGUCCUUGCUGAAAGCAUUCAUGUUCGACAAGAAGAAACACCCGAAACAAACAUCUCGAUUCGUACCAGGCCAAAUCACCAUCAUCGACCUAUCCGACCCCUUCAUGGAUUCCGCGUCGGCUUGCGGACUCUUCGAAAUUCUCGUACGGCUAUUUACGCGCGCGGACGUUGACACGGGCAAGGUGUUGGUCGUGGACGAAGCCCACAAAUACUUGACACCGAGUGCUUCCUCUGGUCUGACUCAGUCACUUCUGGGUCUCGUCCGCCAGCAACGUCAUCUUGCCAUGCGAGUUAUUAUAAGUACACAAGAGCCCACCGCCAUCCCUCCCGUGCUCUUGGAUCUAUGUAUGAUCUCCAUUAUGCAUCGGUUCUCUUCGCCCACCUGGUGGGAACACCUCGUCAAACACGUAUCAGCGGAAAUCUCAGGCGGCGAGGCAUUCGACAAAGUAGUGAUGCUGCAGACGGGUGAAGCGCUCAUCAUAGCCCCUUCUGCGUUGGGGUGCUUCGAAGAGGACGGGCCGUCGGGUCCGAGCAUGCCGGUUAGUCGUCUGGGACGACGUUACAUGAUCAUGAAGACUCGUGCGCGGGUGACUGCAGAUGGGGGAGCGUCUUUGCUUGUCGUAUAG